CAGGUUUCAGUCCCCCAUUCUCGCCUCUCAGCCACCAUCAAAAUAGGAAAAAGCUCAUGGAAUGGGUAGAAACAAAAAUCUAAAUAAAAAAAUACAAAAUUUUCGCGAUCACCGAGAAAAGUUUUACCAUGUUCUCCGCUAAUUGAUAUUUGAUACCAACUAUAUAUGCCAUGACAAGACAAUCGGUGAACAUUUCAUUUCAUAGAUAACUGCUGACGCUUCGUUUUUCUUUCCACAACUGCAACAUUAUUUGAUUUCCUUCCGUUCCGGCUGAGCGUCGUGAAUCGGCGUGAGAUGGCCGCAUAUGCGGCGAAGCGCAUGGGUGUGCAUUUGGGAACCAGGCUCCGCGGGCCAACCCGAUUCCAAUGCAUCCGGAACAUUUCUCAGCAGUCUGGUUCCACCUCCAACCACUUGUUUAUCGUCGAUACUCUUGCUCUGGUGCGGAGAUUGGAAUCUCAAGGCGUGCCAUCGAAGGAAGCCGAAGCCCUCACGGCUGCUUUGAAGGAUGUUUUGAACGAUAGCUUGGAACAUGUAGCUAAUUCCUAUGUUUCAAAAACCGAAUCGCAGAAAAUUGAGAUGAUUCAUGAAACAAAUUUGUCUAAAUUCAAAUCUGAAGUUCAGAGCUCUCAGGAAAACCACUUCUCUUUGUUGCAACGUGAGACUGAAAAGCUCAGGACUGAUAUUGAAAAGAUGCGCAGUGAAUUGAGGUAUGAAAUCGACAAAGUCACUGCUGGCAAUCGGCUGGAUCAGAACCUUGAGAGGGGGAGAAUCCGGGACGAGUUAGCUGGCCAGUGCCAUGAAAUUUCCAACCUCGAUAACAAACUUGAUCGAGAAAUUCAUUCAUUGAGGGCACAGUUGGAGGCAGCAAAAUACGAUGUUGUAAAGUAUUGCAUAGGUACUAUAGUCUCUAUAUCCGCUGUUGGUUUGGCCGUAAUCCGCAUUCUGAAGUGAUUACAGUGAUUGAUUAUUUAUAGAAAUUCGAGUUCCGCAAUUGAUAUUCUUAUUGCUGAAUUGUUUGGAGAAAGGGAAGUUGAACCACACACUUGAAAUAGUGUAGCGAGCUAAUGUAGGUAGGCCUGGAUCUUUUUACCUCAUAAGGUCUUUUCUCUUUAGCUCACUUGUCAAUUGUUUAGCUGUACCAUCUAAAGUACAGAAUAUAAAGCAUUGGUAGAGAGAAUUCUCCUCCAAUUUGUAGUAGUUCAUGUAUUACUUUGUGUGUUUUGAUUCACCAUAUAAAAAUGUUGUCUGACUUUUACAGAUAUCUUAAAGAUUUGGGGUUAAUUUUGA